GGAAAUCUCAAAGUGGAGUGCAAAGUCUAACAUUCAGGGUUCCGCAUUAUAGUUCACUUUUUUGCUUUAAAAGCAGUUUCGUGCUGUCUACAGCAACUGGGACGACGACGUGUGCGGUCCUUGCUGAGUUAAUACGAGCAGCAGUACUGGUCUGCUCCUCGGCCAGAACCGACCCGGGUCAGCACUGCUCCAGUCCAGGGCCCGAGCCCGCUACACAGAGACCCUCUGUCUGAGUCGCUCACCAUGGCAGGAGCCGGUGGUGGGACCAGUGAUGUGCAGUGGUGCUUUUCCCAAGUCAAAGGAGCGAUUGACGAUGAUGUCGCAGAAGCUGACAUCAUAUCUACUGUUGAAUUCAACCACUCUGGGGAGCUGCUAGCCACCGGAGAUAAAGGGGGCCGUGUUGUCAUCUUCCAGCAGGAGCCAGAGAGUAAGAAUCAGCCACAGUGCAGAGGAGAGUACAAUGUUUACAGCACCUUCCAGAGCCAUGAACCUGAAUUUGACUACCUAAAAAGCCUUGAGAUUGAGGAGAAGAUCAACAAGAUUCGUUGGUUGCCUCAGAACGCAGCACAGUUUCUUUUGUCUACAAAUGACAAAACCAUAAAGCUGUGGAAAAUUAGUGAGCGUGACAAGAGACCAGAGGGCUACAAUUUGAAGGAAGAAGAUGGGCGUUACAGGGAUCUCAAUACUGUCACAACACUACGGGUACCAAUAUUCAAGCCCAUGGACUUGAUGGUGGAAGCCAGCCCCAGGCGGGUGUUUGCGAACGCACACACCUACCACAUCAACUCCAUCUCAGUCAACAGUGAUUGUGAGACCUACCUGUCUGCAGAUGACCUGCGCAUCAACCUAUGGAAUCUGGACAUCACCGAUCGCAGCUUUAAUAUUGUUGACAUUAAGCCAGCCAAUAUGGAGGAGUUGACCGAGGUGAUAACAGCAGCGGAGUUCCACCCCAACCAAUGUAACACUUUUGUCUACAGCAGCAGCAAGGGCACCAUCCGCUUGUGUGACAUGAGGGCAUCAGCACUGUGUGACAAGCACGCCAAACAGUUUGAAGAGCCAGAGGAUCCAAACAAUCGUUCGUUCUUCUCUGAAAUCAUCUCAUCCAUCUCUGAUGUGAAGUUCAGCCACAGUGGACGCUACAUGAUGACCCGAGACUACCUGUCCGUCAAAAUCUGGGAUCUCAAUAUGGAGUCCCGGCCAGUAGAGACAUAUCAGGUGCAUGAAUAUCUCAGGAGUAAACUGUGUUCCCUCUAUGAGAAUGACUGCAUCUUCGACAAGUUUGAGUGCUGUUGGAAUGGGAACGACAGCGUUGUGAUGACCGGUUCCUACAACAACUUCUUCAGGAUGUUUGAUCGAGUCUAUCGGCAGGAUGUAACCCUAGAGGCGUCGCGGGAGAACAGCAAGCCCAGAUCUGUCCUGAAACCUCGCAAAGUAAGCACAGGUGGGAAGCGCAAAAAGGACGAGAUCAGUGUAGACAGUCUGGACUUUAACAAGAAGAUCCUCCACACCGCCUGGCAUCCUCUGGACAACAUCAUUGCUGUGGCCACGACCAACAAUCUGUACAUAUUCCAGGAAAAACUGAACUAGCGUUUGUUGAACCGCUCAGAUCUGUUCCGGCUUGAUCCCCACUGAUCUGAUACACGUACACCGACGAUAUCCGUUUGUCUUUGCCUAAAUCCCCAAAUCUUGAUAUGAUCUGCCCUAGGUGAAUUUAGUAUUGAAUGUGACUUACACUGUCAACAACAAACCGUGCCAACACAGGGACUUGUUGCAUGUGUAUGACCAAUAUAAACAUGCAGGGUUUGUAGAGUCCAGAAUUUGGGAUUUAGUGUCAUGGGUUUUCUCCAGCAGGAGCACUCGGUUCACUGAGCUACCAUUUGCAACUCCCAUACAUCCCAAACCAAAGGGAAGUGUGUUUAAUACACAUGUUUGGCUAGAUUGUUUCAUUAUUCUGUUGUGCCAUCUUGACAUGAUUCAUGUAUAUGACAUGCCUACCAGUUGUCAAGAUUCUGUGGCUACCAUGUUUUAUUAGUUUGAAUAGGAAAUUCUUUCUACUGUUUAUACGUCUUUCUGUCACCAAGUUCCUUUUCGUGCUGGCCUGAAACACCGCGAAUACAAGCUGUCAACACUCCAGAUUUGCCCCAAGUAUUUGUCAAGUUGCCAAGCUCGCGCUCCACUUCUUUUCUAAUGUACAGUAUGGUUAUGCUGUUCUGGUAUUUUAUCGGGUUUUAGCUCAUUCUCUGCAAAAAGAUUAACUUGCAUUACUUCUAACCUUUGUCCACAACGUACCAAUGUUUAUUAGAUGGUUUCUAUUAAUUUCUUUACAGGUAGAAAGUCAACUAACUUGGCUAUUUCAUCACUGUCAACCUUUGAUUUAUUCAAAGUAAUUUUUCAUUGAUAAUGCAGGAAAAGUCGAGCGUACCUCAACAUCUGACACGAAAGUCAAGUUACCUAAAAUGAGCAAGAAACAACGGUAUUAUCAUUUAUCAUUAACAAAGAACUUCCAUGUUUUAAAAUGUUCGUCUUCUGGAAUAGUUUCUGACUCAUCGUGCAUUGAAAUGAUGACAAUGGUCAGUAGUAUUGUCUUCAUAAUUUCUAGUUAAUGGCCAAACACAUUUAUAUAUAGAAUCAAAACACCAAUGUAGUCCUUUUUACAUGGUCACAAGAGCGGCGUCGGGUAUUGUGGUUUUUGGUGUUGAAUGAGAGCGAAUCAAGUAAAGUUUUAUUCAUUUAAAGCUAUCUUGCAGACAAGGGUUUUUUAUGAUGUUUUGUAAUGUACCUGAUGAUACAAAAAAAGAAUAAUCACUAUAGCUGAUUUAUUUUUGUAUAAAUGAAGGCAAUAGGAUUACAGUCUGAUCACUGUAGUUUCUUUAGCUGUCUCAGACUGAUUGUAGAUGGAAGGUUUCCUGAUGCGGUUACCUUUGUGUCAUGACUGGGACGGUUUGUUCACUCAAGCGGGUAUUUCUUUAAAAGCUAGAGACUUUAGUGACAUCAAGGAGUGUGAUGUUUCUCACCUGGGAUGUCCAAAGAAAAGUAACUUGUUAGGCGUCAGUACCUCUGUAGUCAUAAGCACUACAACAGUUUUAUUUUUUAUUUGUCUGACUGUAAAUUAUGUUUAUGCAGAAUUUAUUUGGAUGCUUCGGAGUUAGAUUCUGAGUUCAUUUUGAUCUAACGCCAUGGUUUUUCAUCAUUCAUGUUUUUGCUCACUGUGAAACAAUAUACCUUUAUGGGAAAGACAGAUUUUAAAUCAACAUGUAAUGUCACAACUGUUUAGAGCUAGUUUUUCCCUAAAGCUUGUCAAUUCAGUGGACAAUGCCGAGUUACAGAUUUUGAAUUAUUGUAUGAAAUGUCUACUUUCCUGUGAUGCAGGGGGAUAUAGGCGUGUUCAUUUAAAAAGGAGAAUUUGGUAAGCAUUUGGUUUGCAGUUUGUUUAAUGGUUACAUUGAACAUGGGGGAGGGGGGGGAAUACUUUAAAUAAUUAAUUCUGCGGUUUCUCUGCUGCUUUUGGCUUCAUUCACACGCUGACGACUUUCCCUCCUUAAGCCAACAGGUUGAUUAUAGCACAGCUUUCCACUCUAUUGAAAUUAUGUUUUGAUGACAGAUUAAUCCAUUGAAUCAGGAAGCGCAUUUGUCCACUGGACCGUUAUGUAAGUUAAUGUGUCACUCUUACCAUUAAAUAACGUAUUUCCUAUCACUAGGAUGACACCAUAAUAACCACCCAUCUUAACGAUGCCGUACUCUCUGGGCUCUAGGUAAUGUCCUCUCAGUAAUAAGAUUUAUUUUAUUUUUUUCAAAAAACUAGUGCGGUGCAAGCUUGUGAGGGUCAUUCAAUUAAUAUUCCUCAUGUCAAAUAUGUUUAUCUUUAAUCAUUUUCCUAUUUCAACAAGAAGCUGUCCAUUCAAACCAUGAGAUCAGUGAUCUCAGGCAUUCAUUAAAAGGAAUAAUUUACACUGUUAAAUAACUAUUGUUUUUACAACCUGUUAAAAGAUACAAAAAUCUGUAUAUAUAAAUGAUACAAAACUAGAAUUGGCAUGUUGUUUACAAAGAUUUUGAGGUAACACACUUUUUAUUGCAGAGGUCUUCAGACCGUGUGAGAGUCAGAGAGAUAUUGCAAAACAGUCACUGGCAUUCAUGAGAAAUACCGACCCACUAAUCUUCACUUUCCCCUCAUGUUGUCUUCAUAGCUAUUGUUUGAGGCUAUGGUGUAAUUCACAAAGACGUUCAGAAGAACCCUAAUGCCUUUCUUAUAGCGUAAAGAAGACCGAAGAUGAGUAUUUUUCUUGGACUUUCUGGCGUGCCAGACAGGAGACCGCUCAGGGGAAUUUACCACUGCUCUGUGAUCAAAACCUCUUACCUUUUUAAAAAGCAGCUUUUCAGGACUUUAUUAAAAACAGCCUUAUUUACAAGUAGAUCAUACACUUUUUGAAAUUCAAGUUGCUAUAUAGUUUUUUUUUUGGAAUGUCAGAAAAACUUGCUCUCCACCCAAGGGAUCAUGAAAGUGCAAGGAAACAGCCUAAAUUGGAGUUAUGAGGUUUUUCCACUUGAAGCAGCAUUAUAUACAUGUCUAAUGUGACACAGGGUUUAAAACAAAAUGCACUUUUUUAUUUUGAUUAAGUUCAUUAAUUUGUAUGUUUUUGAUCAUUUCUUUCAAGGGAGACUUGAAUUAAGAUUGUGGGAGAGUUUGGGGGGUUAAAAACAAAAAAUGGUUCAUUGUUCAGCUAUGUUGGUCUUUGUCAAAUUGAAUAAAGAACAAUUUAGAUGAAAAGUAAUAAAGAAUUUCAAACCUUA